CGAGCGGCUGACAGAAGGGGCCGGCGGCUCCUGCACUUCUGGCGCCCAGGCCGGUGGGCGCGCUUCUGGGGUUCACAUCUGUGCUGGGCGCUCUCGAGCGGCGUCCCGGUGUGGCCAGCGGCGGCCGUGCGAACGGUCGGUGCCGGCGGCGGGAUGUGCUCGGCCGGGGAGGUGCUGCGGGGCGGCGCCGGCGGCGGGGAGCGCGACGAGGACGGGGCGGCGCCGGCAGAGCGGGCAGAGGAGCGGGAGCCCCGGGCGAGCCCGCGGCGCAGGCGGCUGCAGGACGAGGGCGAGCAGGAUGCUGAAGAAUCACAAAACCACACUGGCGAACCCACUGGAGAUGACUACAAAAAGAUGGGGACACUUUUUGGUGAACUGAACAAAAACCUUCUCAACAUGGGCUUCACGAGGAUGUAUUUUGGAGAACGAAUUGUGGAACCAGUAGUGGUCAUUUUCUUUUGGCUUAUGCUAUGGUUCCUUGGCCUACAAGCCCUUGGACUAGUUGCUGUUCUUUGCCUUGUCAUUAUUUAUGUACAGCAGUAAAACAUUGGACAUUUGGUAGCCAUGUAUGUAACUGAUAGAGCUAUACACUUGGGCUUUUUGAAAGCCAAAAUUGUUUGACAUAUUUCAUAUUGUAUACUGGCUGUUUUAUAAUUAAAAUUAUAAAUGAAUUUCUUUAAAAUGCAACUCUUUGUUAUAACAAGGAUGAAUAUAUAUUUUUGACUAUUCAAACUCUUUUUCACUGCUGUGAUCGGCACCUGCCUUUAGACACCUGCUUUCCCGUGCCAAAUCUGAGCAUCACCCAACAGUGAUGGAGGAAAUAGCACAGCAUGGAGUUGCAGUGAGGUGGCAUAGACCUUGUAAAGUCCCAAUAAAACAUUUUGGAAGAUAAAAGAAGACGUAGCUAAGAAUAAGUUUUCAUUGGAAAGCUAUUCCACCCCACUUCCAUUGAACAAGCCCAGUUGGGGGAGAUAUUUUCUUUCUGUUAUCUCUGUGUAGUCCAAAACAAACUAAAUGGUAACUGCCGCAUAUCGCCAUAGUGCCGUGAAAAUGAAUAACGCUAGCUGUUUUCUGAAGACUGAAAAUAAUAUAUUUAUUAUUGGUGGUGAAGUUUUGAGGUUAAAUGCAACUUUUCAUAUGGUGUACUUGGGCCCCAUUACAUGGUUUGUGAAGUUAGAGUCAAUUCUGGUGCUCAUUUUUUGUGUGACUUUUUAAUGCUGCACCCCUGGCAGUGCCUGUGAUUUGUACCUAGCCAGUUGCAUGUUUUUCCUAAAGACGUUUUCGGUGCAUCUGUUUCCAAAGGUUUAUAAUUGUAUAGUUCUUUUCUAACAAUUAUUCCAAGGUUUAAAACAAUGCCUUUCUUGUCAUGGCAUGGAGUUUCUCCCCAAAAGAAUGAUUUCUAUCUUACAAAAGAAAAAAAAAAAGUCAUAUCAUUUUUCUUUGAUAGCUGCAUUGAAGAAUACAAAAGUACAGAAUAAAAUCACAUGCUUAAAAUAAGAA